ACACCGCAAGAAAGAAGACCACAGAAACAUGGCAUUGAAAAUUUCAGAUAAGGUUUCCUUGACUGUUAUACGGGAUUCUUACAGUCCAUGGGGUUCUGAGGAAACAAUUGGUGAUGUGAAGACAUAUACCACUGGCAGACAGGACGCUACAAUAGGCGUGAUUGAUGUAUACGAUGUAUUCGGUAUAUCUAACCACACCCAGCAAGGCGCAGAUUUAGUCGCUUCUACGCUCGACGCCGUAGUCAUCGUCCCCGACUUACUCAAGGGCACAUAUGCAAAGCCCGAAUGGUUCCCCCUCGACUCGGACGAGAAACGUGCUCACUUCUUUGGGUUUCUGAAGGGAUAUGCAGCACCGAAUAAGCAUGUUGAUCCGUUGUUGGAGUUUAUGAAACAUGUCCAAAGUCGAUUUCCAACGGUGACGAAAUGGGGGUCUUUUGGGUUAUGUUGGGGUGCGAAGGUCGUAGCGUUAACUUCGAUGGCCGACACUCCAUUUAAAGUAUCCGCCCAAGCGCAUCCAGGCAUGCUAGACCCCGCCGACGCAAAAAAGAUAACAAUCCCCCAUCUGGUUAUGGCAUCCAAGGACGAGCCAAGCGAGGCAGUUGCAAAUUUCAAGACAGUCAUUGAGAAGAAUGGUAGCGGCGGAUCUCUGACCACAUAUAUGACAAUGCACCAUGGUUGGAUGGGAUCAAAGGCCAAUUUGGUUGAAGAGGAGACAUUUGUGGGAUACAAACAGGGGUAUACCCAGCUGAUAGAGUUUUUCAAGGAAUAUCUGGUUUGAGAACUGAUUCCCCUUGCGAGUGUGUAUAGUGGCUUCACAGAUAGUUAGAUAGCUUCGUAUCAGGGAUUAGGGUAACGAUUGAG